GAGUCCGACAAGCCGUGCCUCGUGCUGGAUCUGGACGAGACGCUGGUGCACUCGUCGUUCAAACCUGUGCCCAACGCGGAUUACGUGAUACCCGUGGAGAUCGAUCCGGGGACGCUGACGGACGUGUACGUUUUAAAGAGGCCGUACGUGGAUUACUUCAUGGAGGAGAUGGGCAAGCACUACGAGAUUGUGGUGUUCACCGCGUCGCUGGCCAAGUACGCGGAUCCGCUGUUGGAUCUGCUGGACGUACACAACGUCAUCCGGUGGAGGCUGUUCCGCGAGAGCUGCUACCCGUUCCAGGGGAACUACGUCAAGGACCUGACGUCGCUGGGGCGACCGCUGGAGCGGACCAUCAUACUGGAUAACUCGCCGCACUCGUACGCGUUUCAGCCUCAAAACGCGCUGCCCAUCAGCAGCUUCAUCGACGACCCGACGGAUUGCGAUUUGCUCGACGCCGUGCCGGUGCUCGUGGAGCUG